AUGCUAGGAUGCGAGUCGAGCGGAAAGGGCAGCAGGCUAGUGGCGGUUGCCUCCACGGUGCACGUGGAGAUCGACGUCCUCCCGGAGAAGACGGUCGGCUGCGCUUGGUCGUCGUCAAGCAGCAAGCAGCAAGCAGCACACACCUCGUGUCCCGAUCAUCCUCGUCGUGUGGGUCCGAGCGUGCCGGACAUAGCACCGCGUCCUCGCGAUCGCCAGGGUUUUGUCGUUGCGCGACCCAAGUUUUUCACCGGCCUCUCCUCUGGCGGCAACUCCUCUGCCUGGCAAGUCGGCAGUGCAUUACACGCAAUUAGACGCCAGGGUGGCCCCAAGUACCUACCUGCCGACGCGACGGCAAAUGGCAAAUGGCAAAUGGCAAAUACAAUUGUGUGGUAUGCGUGUCGCCAAGUGAAAGAGGCGAACGAACAUUGUAUCGCCUCGGUCUCCGCAAAAAUGUCCAGCUAA